CUCAGGAAGAAACACUGUUGUGCGUUCUCGGGAAGGAACGUUGUUGUGUGUUCUCAAGAAGGAACGUUGUUGUGUGAUCUCAGGGAGGAACGGCAGUCAGCAAGAUUAUCCACACUGAGGCCACCACGGGGAAGUUCUCAGUGAAGGGUGUGCUGCAGACAUCCAGCAGUGAAGUGCAAGACACAAUGAAACGUCUUGGCUCCAACUUUGAGGAUGGCGCUCACCUCCCGGCCGCCCUCGCCUGUCUUAGGAGUCCCACGGACAAAGGUGGAGAUGUGACGCCUGACUCCCAGCAGCCCGCAGUCAGCCAUGGCCGCUUAUUUUCCGCGUCAGUGGUUCCAUAUUCAGAUGAAAACCGUCCUUACGUACGCACUGAGGAAAUGUUUGAUGCCUUCUCAUUGGAACCGAGUAAUCCGUCGAGUACCCAAGCUUCACAGACAUGCCCCGCCAGAACUGUCCAUACACCACCUUCCUGCAAACUGUUACAGCCGCUGUCUUCCCCCACUAUUCUGAAACGAAGCAAGAGUCAUGAGUCACAGCUGGCCAAUCGGAUUGAAGAGCCUGCAAACCCAAAGAGGAACAAGGCUUUGGCUGCUAUUCAGCUCAAUGGCGGUGGCAGCAGUGCAGAGGAUUCAAACUCGUGGUCUUCCCGCACACACAGUCGUGUCCCUGCCUCAGCACCGUACACCAGAACUACUGCGCCGACCCAACUGGACAACCUGGCUGUGCAAAGGAGUUCACCUCAUGCAGGGAGGCGAGAUAUUGAUCUACCUGCUAAACACAGGUUUUCAACCAAGUCUUGGCUCUCCCAGACAUGCCAGGUGUGUGGCAGGAACAUGAUGUUUGGGCUGAAGUGUAAACACUGCAAGUUCAAGUGCCACAACAAAUGUACCAAGGGUGCUCCGUCUUGUCGGAUAUUAUUUCCCACAUUGCCAAGAGCAGAAUCCGUACCUUCAGAUAUCAAUAAUGGAAUGGAUCUCGCAGCCAAACUCCCUCUUCAGUUUACCACUCUACCCAAGGCUAAAGGAGAGCCGGCUGUCGCUCCAGUCCAGCUGGACUCCAGCAGUAACCCAUCAUCAGCCACCUCCUCCACACCUUCCUCCCCAGCACCUUCCCAGCAGAGUAACCCAGCCAGCGUCAGCGCCACACCCCCACUGAACACACCACCUGCGGGGUCCCGGCAUGGCAGCUUUCACUUCCCAGAUACUGCAGACUCCGUGUCGACUGGUGGUCAGCAGUCCGACAGCUCCAAUGACUCUGGAGAAUCUCAGUCAGCCGUUACUCAGAUACAGGUAAAAGGACAGGAGCAGGACCAAAAGGCAGCGGUUGAGUAUCCGGCUGACUUUGAUGAAGACGGGCUGGAUGAUCUGCCCUCUUCAGUCCACCGCCGUGGGACCGCUGGACGUUGGAGGCGGGGCAUCAAUGGUAAAGCCAGUCAGACCAGCGUCUACCUGCGGGAAUGGGACAUCCCGUAUGAGGAACUGCAGCUAGGAGAGCUUAUAGGCAAGGGUCGUUGGGGGAAGGUGUAUCGGGGUCGCUGGCACGGCGAGGUGGCCAUUCGUCUUGUGGAGAUUGAUGGCAACAACGAGGAGCACCUGAAGCUGUUUAAGGAGGAGGUGAUGAACUACAGGCAGACCAGACAUGAGAAUGUCAUCCUGUUCAUGGGUGCCUGCAUGGCCCCGCCCCACCUUGCCAUUGUCACCAGUUUCUGUAAAGGUGUGACUUUAUACUCUCUUGUAAGAGAAAGGGGUCAUUUGUUGGAUCUUAAUAACACCAGACAGAUUGCACAAGAGAUUGUGAAGGGCAUGGGCUACCUGCAUGCUAAAGGAAUAAUUCACAAAGACCUGAAGUCCAAGAAUGUAUUCUAUGACUCCAACAGAGUGGUUCUAACAGACUUUGGCCUAAUCGGGAUGUCUGGGGUGGUACAGGAGCGUAGGAUUAGAGUCAUCAACGUCUUAAGGAUACCCCGAGGCUGGAUCCACUAUCUGUCACCAGAGAUUGUUCGCAAAUUGAGCCCAGAGAUUGACGAAGACCAGCUGCCGUUCUCCAAGGCUGCAGAUGUUUACGCGUUUGGCACAAUCUGGCAUGAGCUGCAUUUCAGAAAGUGGCCAAUGACCAGCCAGCCCAUGGAAGCUAAAAUCUGGUUAGUGGGCAGCAGCGAGGGCAUCAAGAAGGUGCUGGAAGAUUCCACUCUGGGCAAGGAAGUUACGGAGAUCCUUUCUGCCUGCUGGUCCUUUGCAAUAUCGCACAGGCCAACCUUCACACAACUAGCUGAGCUACUGGACAAGCUACCAAAACUGAACCGCCGGCUGUCCCACCCUGGACACUUCUAGAGCUUGACCAAGUAUCACAGAAGAUGACCGUUCAUAAUCCUGAAGGACCCAAUUGACACCCUAAUGAUACUGAUAUUCAAGAAAGGAGUAUGCAACCUGUCAUGUAUAUGUAUAUAUAUAUAUAUAUAU